UCACAUGCUGCCACAGGAACAGGACACAACAACAGUCAUGGUUGCCAGUGUAGUGUGUACUCACAAAGACUGGAAACGAUCUCUAACAGGUUUCCAUGUGUGGGGAUAAAAGUUUCCUCUCGGUGCUGAUUCUUGUUCCAUUUCAGCUCGUUUGACGGAGGGCGAAGCUGCAGCUGAAAGAACUACGACAAAGCAGAAAACCAGAGGACUCCCAGAGAAGAACGAAGCAGGAGAAAAGUUCACGAGGAAACGCAACGGCGACGCGAAGAGACACAUCAAAGAAAUCUGGAGACGCUCACGAGCGAGGGACACAGUUUGAUAACGGACAGGAAAAGUGUGACUAAGCAUGAGAGAGGAGGAGCUCUGUGAUGAUGGGUUCCCUAAGGGAAGAGUGGUUUCCAGCAAAGAGACACCUCUGUUUAAUGCUUGCCCUGUUGUCGUAGCAACACCAGGUAUCACCAAGCGUAAGCAUCAAACGAGCUCGCAUGUGGAGGACAACCGUACCACGAUCACCCCUACUACCACAACAACCGCCAACGUAGUCAAGCCAGGGGAUGACGUUCACAUUUACACACAAACAGGACCCAAGAAGCUCAAAAAGAGCCCUCAACAUGGACCACCUUCCUCUGGUCUGUCCCUUUCUCCUGUUCCUGGUCAAAGUCCCGGAGGAACCCCCGCCUUUGAGGAUCCACACGCACAACGGGCCAUAGCCAACAUCCGCGAACGCCAGAGAACGCAGUCCCUGAACGACGCUUUCGCUUCGCUGCGCAAGAUAAUCCCAACGCUUCCAUCAGACAAACUGAGCAAGAUUCAGACUCUUAAACUGGCCUCGCGCUACAUCGACUUUCUCUACCAGGUUCUGGAGAGUAACGAGCUGGACAGCAAGCUUGCAGGAUGUAACUAUCUGGCCCAUGAGAGGCUGAGCUACGCCUUCUCUGUGUGGAGGAUGGAAGGGGCCUGGGCAACCAUGUCCGCUGGUCACUAGCAGGGUCUGAGUGGUCCAACAACUUCAGCAGGGAAGCAUUUAUACAAAUCAAAAGUUCAUUUUUGAAGUGUUGCUGUUGUUUUUGUCAAUCCACAAGUUAGAUGUAACUAUUGCUAUCCCGUUGUUUUAACUUUGCCA